ACCUAACUAUGGGAAAUCACCCAUUUCGUUUCAACGCAUGCUUUGGGGGUUGCGCAACUCCGCCGUCUCCACAGAAGGCGCUUUUGUGCAAACUCGACUCGACUCGAAGAAUGUUGCCUUCGACUGCAAAGAGCUGGCGAGUGGCAGUGGAAUUCCCUCCGAGGUUUACAGUUUUAGCUCUACAAAAUAGAACACUUUAAUGGAUUGGCAUGGGGGAAAGGUUAUUUACAAACCUGGCUAAAAUACAGCUAUGGUGCGCCUUCAUUGUUAUCAUGCUCAAUGCAAUCUUCACGCGACAAGCCCUGUCGCAGCAGCAGUGCCAGAUCCAACACUGCAAUGCUGAGUACCUGGCCUUAUCUUCAUCAGCACCACCAUCAUCUUCAUCAUCGCCCUCCUCGUCCCUCAAUUCCCACCCGGAGGCCCCCCCACCCCCACCCCCACCGCUAGACGCCUGCGAGGCUCUGCGCGGCUACUCGGACUGCACCAAGCGCACGGCUCGCAGUUGCCGCGGAAACCUGCUCUUCCACUCGGCCCUGUACCGCAUCAAGGAGCUGCUGGGCCAGCUGAACUGCUCCAGCGAGGGCCCGGGGUACCCACCCCCAGGACCCCCCCGCCCCGCGGGCCCUGCCCUGUGUGACUAUGAGGGCCGUGCAAGGGCCGCCCGCUCCGCGGGGAGGUACGUCCACUGUGGGAUGUUCGGGGAUCCUCACCUGCGCACCUUUGGGGACCACUUCCAAACCUGUAAGGUGGAAGGGGCGUGGCCUCUGCUGGAUAACCUGUAUCUGACAGUCCAGGUGACCAACACACCUGUGCGAUCAGGCAUGGGCCACACCGCCAUCACCAAGAUCACGGUGAUCUUUAAGGCUUUCAGCGGCUGCACGGAGCAGAAGGUAUACCAGGCCACCGCAGACGACCUCCCCCUGGCCUUCACCGACGGCAGCUGCUCCAGCGCAGACGGCAACAGCCUGCGCGUCGGCACGGCAACGCCCCCCGACGACAGCAUGGUCCACGUGGUCCAGCUGCGGGCCACCCAUGCGGGGGUCACCAUCCUGGUGCGCCAGACGGAACAGGCGUUGGCGUUCUCCGCCCGCCUCCCUGAGGGUACACUGGGGCAGGGGGAGGAGGGGGAGGAGGGGGAGGCCGGGGGGCUGCAGCUCUGCCUGCACGGGUGCCCCCGCAGCGAGCUGCUGCAAGAGUACGCCUGGAGUGGGGUCACCCCCAACACUCUACUGCCCCUACUGCCCCAGCGGCCCACCCCAGAGAGGGGCUACAGUGCGUGGCGGGCCAGGGUGGAGUGCAGCCUGCUGCUGCCGCCCGAGGAGGACUUCUACUUCCAGGCCUGUGUGUUCGACCUGCAGGCCACAGCAGACCUAGGCAUCGCCAGGGCUGCACUCUGGGCCUCUCAGGACCUAAAGACUCUAUUUCCCAGCAUGCCACAGCCCCGAAACCUGAACAGGACAGCGGUGGUGUCAGGGGCUGAACUCGGGCCUAACACCAGGGCGGCGACGAUGAGCACUCUGUCUGUAUGUCUGGUACUGGUGCUUCUGUUUGCUUAGCCUUCAGCAGGAGCCGUGAAUUGUUAACAAGAACAGACUUUUGGUGUGUCUGUAUGUAUCUAUAUGUGUGUGUGUGUGUGUGUGUGUGUGUGUGUGUGGAUCCACCGCCUUUAUCAGCCACUAUCAAGCUCAGGUGAAGGAAAUCAAGUCAGUAAAGUGCUGAUGCAGACGAUAAAUCUAGAUCACACACACACACACACACACAGAAAUCUGAACCUCAGUUGUGACUGAAUGGAUAUGGACAUUCAGUAUGGAUAUUCAGUAUGAAUGUGCAGUAUGGAUCAAGUCUCUUGUGCUGUUUUUUCUUUCCUUUUUUUUCUUUAAUAACUGAAUGUAUGUAUGCAGAAAACGCUCCACUAUUGCUGUAUUGUGGGAAAUAAAAGGAUCCAUAUCCAUUGUGGACAUUGA